CUCUUAUCUAUCUAUUAUCACUCAUAGUACACUCUGUUUCACUGUCAGUCUCAUGUGCACUAUCCUCAAUCGCAACCUUCAUCAACCACUAAUCACUCACCCCAUUCCUCUCUAAUCUAAUCCCCUCUCUCUUCAAUCAUUCACACACACGCACACACACAUUGUUCUUCACGGGUCUCUCUACUCUCCAUAGCAACCCCACAAAACCUCUCUGUUUUGUUCAAAUUCCAUCUCACGAGCCAUUCACAAGCAAAACCUACUCUCAGAUUACGCAAACCUCUGACAUGUGAUUUAUUGGAUUCAUCUGAAAAUGGGUUUGCAAGAAAAAGCUUCAUGGCUGGUUUUGUUGCACUGUUGGGUUUUUGUGGGUUUGUUUUUGAAGGCUCAAUGUCACAACACUUCUGAGGUCUCUGUGAAGUUCUUCGAGACCCCCCAUGCAUUCUCAAAGCUCAACUCUGCUACAUUUUCUUUUCAAGUUUUUGUGGGUCCUAAUGGGGAUACUUGCCCAAACUGUAUCACCAAUUGCACGCUGGAUUAUAGCACACCUUCAAAUUGUGAUGCUAGGGAGGUUUCUUACAGGGGUUUGCAGGAUGGAACUCAUACAUUCAACGUCUGCACCAAUGGGGCUCAAGGCAUCGGCUGUGCUAGCUAUAACUGGACUGUUGAUACUAUUCCCCCAACAGCAUAUGUUACAGCAGCAACAUCUUUUACAAAUACUCUUAAUGUUCCUGUAAAUAUUUCUUUCAGUGAACCGUGUACUGGUGGAGGUGGUUUUGGAUGUUCAUCCACAAAUGCCUGCAAUCUUCUUGUCUAUGGUGCUGGCCAAGUUGUACCAUCUACAUUCAACAUUCUUGAGCCCAACCUCAAAUUUUCUCUUGUUGUGAGUUUGUCUUCAAGUGUUGAUCAUGGACGUGUGAUUUUGGUCAUGGACAAAAAUUUCUGUACAGAUAGUGCUGGAAAUAAAUUUACAAGAACAUCAAAUUCGAGUUUUUUGCUACAUUUUGAUAGACGAAGCGUCUUUGUCAACCUGAGGACUCAUGUACCUGAAAAGCUACUUCAACUUAACAGUGAAAUGAGAACUGUACAAGCAACGAAUAACUAUGAAAACCUGAAGGUUUAUCUGUACUUCACAGAAUCUGUUCUCAAUUCAUCAACUGAAAUGUUGAAUUCUCUCAACACAAGUCAGGGCUCGCUUCUUCCUAUUACUGGAAAUAGCCUCAGAAAUCGCAGAUUUGGCUUUAUGGUGGUGGAAGAUAUAUCCAGCAUGUGUAUAGUCACAGUUAGCCUUAAUUCAAGCUUAAUAAUAAGCAGACAGGGGACCCCAGUUUCUCCUGUUGCUCCAGUUACCUUCCUUUAUGAUUCCCAGAGGCCUGCAGUGAGUUUGAGUACAACAUCUAGCACAAGGACAAGAGAAAAUAGUAUUUCAGUAUUGAUAAAGUUCACGAAGCCAGUAUUUAGCUUCAACUCUUCACAUAUAUCCGUCAGUGGAGGCCAUUUGCUGGGCUUUCGUGAAGUUAGUACGAGCAUUUAUGUUAUAGAGGCAGAGGCAGAUAAUCAAACCAUAUCUGUCAGCAUUCCUGAAAACGUAACAAGGGAUGUUGCUGGGAAUGAAAAUAUGGCAUCUAACAUUCUACAAGUCAAGCACUAUUCUGUACCUGUAAUAUCUUUGGUGGUUUCCACCUUCGCAACUGCUUCUUUCGCGGUGACAGCUUUAGUUGCGGGGCUGCUCACUCUUUCGACUGCGAGCCUUCAAUCAAUUGGGGUAUUUUCAAGACCAUCUCCGGGUUUGACAUCUGAUCCUGCAAGGAACCUUUUUAGAAUUGCAUGCCACAUUCAGGUCUUUGCACUGUCUAGAUGGUUAGCAGUCACGUUGCCAGUUGAAUAUUUUGAAUUUGCGAGAGGUUUACAAUGGAGUAUCCCCUACUUCAGUCUCCCAUGGGAAACUGCCACAUUCAAUCAGACACAGCAGGUCAUGGUUGGCUCAAAUCCUCCGAUGAAUCCAAAUUCAUACAGUUCCAAAAUUUAUGAGAAUGUGCGACCGCGAGAAUGGAAUUCACAUAUGGCUGCCUCAGUUUAUGGGUUGCCGCUUACUCCAAUGGAAUACCGAUCAUUUUUUGAGAUCCAAAAUAUUAGACCGGAGGCUGAUCAUAUUUUGGAUUCACAUAAUUCAAAUGGGUGGAGGGAUUUCAAUCGAAGCAUGUUUUGGUUAGCUGCAAUUAGUGGCAGCUUGAUGCUAUUGCACGGUUUGCUCCUGUUGAUCUUAAAAUUGAAGCAAAAAAACUCAGAAAAAAGGGGCAGUUAUGGAGCACUCGUUUUGCCAAGAUUUGAAAUAUUUCUCAUAAUUCUUGCACUACCCUGUAUUUGUGAAGCCUCGACAGCUCUAAUCAAAGGAGGAGAAUCUUCCAAGGUUGUAGUUGGCGUUCUCCUAUUGGGUAUUGUAUCGUUCCUACUGCUAGCCUUAUUCUUGUUCCUCUCCAUUGGAAUUUCAUUUGGGAAGCUACUUCAAUACAGGGAAAUACAUCAUGAGGGCCGGAUAAUUCACUGGUAUCGAGACAUUGUUCGGGUGACUCUAGGUCCCGGUAAAAGAGGCCAGUGGACAUGGAAGAACAAACCUAACUCUAUUUAUCUAACCAUGUUAGGUCCUCUAUUCGAAGAUCUAAGGGGUCCCCCAAAAUACAUGCUUUCUCAGAUUUCCGUGGGAAAUCCCCGCAAGCGGGGCAGUCAAAUCAUCCCUUCCGAUGAUGAAAACGAGGAUGCAGAAGCACCUUUUAUUCAAAAGGUGUUCGGUAUUCUCAGAAUAUACUACACGUUGCUUGAAUCCGUAAAGCGGGUUUGUCUUGGAAUCAUUGCUGGUGCCUAUUCGGAGCGCUGGACUUUUAAAACUCCAACAGUUGCCUUACUAUGUGUUGCCUCAUUUCAGCUGUUUUUCCUUGUCCUUAAGAAGCCGUUUAUUAAGAAAAAGGUUCAGAUGGUGGAGAUCAUCUCGGUUUGCAGUGAAGUCGGAAUUUUCGCUAUUUGUUUUGUUCUCUUAGAGAUGGAAUUUUCAACCCGGGACGAGACAAAAAUCGGGAUCUUCAUGCUUUCACUAUUCUUAGUCACUUUUUUGGCUCAAAUGACCAACGAAUGGUAUGCAUUAUACAGACAGACAAAGCGGCUGGAUCCUUCUGAGGAGUCGUUGUUGUUGGGUCUGAGAAACACCGUGAUUGGAUUCCUCGUGCUUUUCAUCUCACAAAACUUGAUCAAAACCUUAGAGAGCCGGUUCUUGAUGGAUCAACGUGUGGAUGGUGAACCGGGCGAUACAACUUCGUCUGGCGACAAGCGUAGGAGCUCAGGAAGUAGGAGCUCAGGUACAACAGAUAAACCUUGGCUGAAACAGCUACGAGAAAUGGCAAAAGCGAGUUUUAGUAGAGAUGGAAGUGGAGCUGGAAGCAGAGCUCCAAACGAUCCUUCAACCAGUGGUGCCACAAAGAGCGGAUUCUGGAGUGGCAAGCGGAGUGGGAGCUCGUCUCAAACUUCACCGGCCGAUUUCAAGUUGAAACCUACAGGUUUGGACCAAGAUUUGGAAACCAUUUUUGCAUCCAAGUGAAACCGAGAGCAUUCAAGAAAUGGGACGCCUUCGAAGUCUAUCGCCGAAUAUGAAGUAUAACUGACAUAACUACUUUUUGAAAAUUACAGUGCCCUCUUAGACUUGAUUGUUUAGAGAUUAGAUGAGGGGUUGUUGUAAUCUAUGCCAGCAGGAGUUUGGAUCUACUUUUUUUAUUGGCUUUUGGUUUUUUACUAGUUUUUUGUGUCGGGCUUCUGAUUAAAUAGCCAAAAAGCCACACUGAAAGUCCACAAAAAGAGUAAAAGAUUGAAAUGUCAAUUGAAUAAACUUUCAUAGAAAGGCUAAAAGCUUAUUUAAAAAGCGAGUAAAGAAGUUGAUCCAAACAAGGCAUAGCCACAUAUGCAAGUUACAGAGGGCUGUUAUUAUGUAUUGACAGUGCAGUGAAUUAGAUUAUUGGAAGUGGAGGUUGGAACUUUCCUUUUAUA